AUGAGCUCGCAAUACUCGAAGCCUCGCCGAACCUCGACUGCCCUCGACCCUUACGCUGCCCCCCACGUCUACUACGGCGAAAGCCACUCGCGCAAGCACAUUAGGGCGAGGACCUACUCAGCGAACUUGGAACAUUCUGGCCGCAAUGCCCCAAUCACAGAUGGAUUUCCCCAGGGUCGUCGCAUCAGUCACGAUGAGGUUCCUGCGCAGCCACGUCGCUUUCUCGUCCAAGUCGAGCCUACCCUGAAGACGCUUCUCGCCCGCGAGGAUUCGGACUCGAAUUGCCAAAUCACCAUCGACGACAAGGGUCCAAAGGUCAUAUCUCUGGGCACCCUGGCCUCGAAUGCCCACAACAAAUUCGACGUUCGCGGCACUUAUAUGCUGUCCAACCUGCUCCAGGAGCUCACCCUCGCCCAGGACUACGGCCGCAAGACGAUUGUGCUGGACGAAGCACGCCUAAAUGAAAAUCCUGUAAACCGCCUUGCCCGCCUCAUUGAACAUUCUUUCUGGGAUGGCCUUACACGACGCAUCGAUGGCUCCAAUAUCGCCAAAGUCGGCGUCGACCCCAAGGACUGGACGGAUGACCCACGCCCGCGCAUAUACAUCCCCCAGGGCGCGCCAGAGCAGCAUGAAUAUUACAGUCGCAUCGCCAGAGAGCAUCCUGAGAUGCGACUAGAUGUGGUUUGGCUGCAAAAGGAUUGCGACAAUGAAGAGUACGUACGCGACUUGAACAAGGCCCCUGGUCUUCUCGCCAUCGCCAUGGAAGAGUGGAUUGAUCCCGAGACCAAGAAGAAGGAUUUGAGGGGGCUACCCUUUGUCGUUCCUGGCGGUCGGUUCAACGAACUUUAUGGCUGGGACAGCUACAUGGAAUCGCUCGGUCUGCUCGUCAACAACCGGGUCGACUUGGUCAAGUCCAUGGUCAUUCACUUUUGUUUCUGCAUCAAACACUACAACAAGAUCCUCAACGCAAACCGAACCUACUAUCUCUGCCGCUCGCAACCGCCUUUCUUGACCGACAUGGCGCUUCGUUGCUAUGACCGCAUCAAGCACGAACCGGGCGCUCUGGACUUCCUUCGCGAAGCCAUCUUGGCAGCCAUUAAGGAAUACCACUCGGUGUGGAUGUCGGCUCCCCGCUUGGAUCCUGUCACCGGCUUGUCCAGGUACCGACCUGGUGGUAUGGGCGUACCACCCGAGACCGAAGCAACUCACUUCAAGCAUGUUCUCGAUCCCUAUGCUAAGAAGCAUGGCAUGACAUUCGAAGAGUUUGUCGACGCAUACAACUAUCAACGAGUGCACGAGCCUGAGCUCGACAAUUACUUCCUCCACGAUCGGGCUGUACGCGAGUCUGGUCACGACACCUCGUAUCGUCUGGAAAAGGUCGCUGCAGAUCUUGCUGUGGUGGACGUCAACGCACUGCUUUACAAGUAUGAAGUCGACAUUGGACGAUGUAUUCGGAACUUUUUCAAUGAUGCUCUUGAAAUUCCUGCCGAGUUCUGCACAGGCGACAUGAAGCCGGGCCAAGUGGAGAAGUCUGCCGCCUGGGAGCGCCGCGCUAGAAGACGCCGUGCUCAAGUUGACAAGUACCUUUGGGAUGAGGAGGCCGGCAUGUACUUCGACUAUAACACCGUCAAGCAGCAGCGCACCGGCUACGAGAGCGCCACGACCUUUUGGCCCAUGUGGUCUGGUCUCGCAACACCACGACAGGCUAGCAUUCUUAUGGAGAAGGCUUUGCCCAAACUGGAAGUGUUUGGUGGCCUUGUGUCGGGUACAGAAAAGUCACGUGGCAAGGUUGGCUUGGAUCGGCCUAACCGCCAGUGGGAUUAUCCAUUCGGUUGGGCUCCGCAACAGAUCCUUGCGUGGGUCGGUAUGCAGCGCUAUGGGUACGAUGUGGAGGCCCAGCGAUUGGCUUAUCGGUGGCUGUUCAUGGUCACAAAAGCGUUUGUCGACUUCAAUGGUGUUGUCGUUGAAAAGUACGAUGUGACGAGGAAGAUUGAUCCGCACAAGGUGGAAGCAGAGUAUGGAAACCAAGGAAGUGAUUUCAAGGGUGUUCCUCGGGAAGGCUUUGGCUGGGUCAACGCAAGCUACAUCUACGGCCUCACCCUUCUCAACGCACACGAGCGUCGUGCCCUUGGAGCUCUGACUGACUGGGAUACCUAUGCUAAGGCCAUUGCAGACCUGGGCCUGGCAUGA